AACCACGUGAGUAUAACUCAUACACCGCGGCGCCGGGUGUACGUAUUCUGGGAGUAUCAAUCAACGGAGCAGGCAGUACAGGAGUUGACGCCACUCUCCAGGUUCUGCAUACGAUAGAUCUACCCCUUGAUUGUAGCACAACUGAUUCUUACCCAAUACUUAUUUUAUCAUUCUGAUCGACACCAAUCAGUGACAGGUUGACACCAUCAUGAUAGACCUUCUUGGUGAUUCAAGCUUACCACAGGUCAAUGGAUUGACCAUCACAGCUACACUUGGAGUUGCAGCCAUCUCUCUGGCCUUAUGGACGAUAGUCAGACCUAGGAACUUCCCUCCCGGACCCAGAGGAUUCCCUCUGGUUGGAAGUCUUUUCUCAUUUAAUGACAGCAUGGAGAAGAUUUUCCCGGCCUGGAUAAAGCAGUACGGUGACAUCUUUGCCUUCAAGUUGGGUGAACAUUGGAUGGUCGUCUUAAACCAUCAGGAGGUCAUCAAGGAGGCUCUUCUCAAGCAGGGUGUCCAAUUUGCAGGCCGGCCAAGAUUCCCAUCAGGUGCUUUAUUUUCCGAUGGAUACAAAGAUAUCGCUCUCGGAAUGUACGAUGAUACUUGGAGAAUGCAUCGUAAACUAGGACACACAGCUCUGAGGCACUUCGCUACAGGAGAAGCCCUCCACAAGCUUCUCUCAUCCGCUUUCCCCAAGUUGAAAGUUGAGGUUGAAAAGACACUAGGUCAACCAGUCGAUCCAAAAAGCUUCAUCUCACUUCUCCUGAACAACAUCUUCUCUGAGAUGUGCUUCGGAAAGAGUUUCGACAUGCAUGACCCGAAGAUCCUCGAGUUCAUGAAGAUCUCUGAUGAUAUGAAUCUAGAGGUGGGUCUAGGGUUUCCUGAGGAUAUAUACUCAUUUCUAAAGUACGUUCCUUCAAAAAAGCGUGGCGUUGUCCUGGGAUUGAUGAAUAGGAUGAGGGAUAUUGUCGUCGACCAGAUCGCAGAUCACAAAGAACAGCAUAUAAAAGGUGAAGUGACUGACAUCUAUCAUCUGCUACUUGAUGCCCAGGAGAAAGCUAUUGAGGAAGAUAAGAACCUGGAGAAACUAAGCGAUGAUCGCAUCCUCUGGACUAUCAUGGAUAUUUUCAGUGCUGGUAUCCAAACAUCCACAGACACCCUCUACUGGGCUUUGGCGAUGGUCACCGAACACCCCGAAAUCGCUGAGAAGAUCAGAAAUGAAAUCGAUCGUGUGAUAGGGCGUGAUCGUGUCCCCAUGAUCGAGGAUCGCGGAACCAUACCGUACACGGAGGCAACGGUUUAUGAAGUGUUGCGUUAUUCAAGCUUAGCACCUGUUCUCAUCCCCCACGCCACGACUUCUGAUACUACUUUGCGAGGUUACAGUAUCCCCAAAGGCACUACGGUGAUGAUGAACGUCUUCUCCAUGCAUUUUGAUCCACGAGAAUGGAAAGAUCCCGAGAACUUCUGCCCGGAGCAUUUUCUUUCGGAAGACGGCUCAAUCCGUGAGCAUCCACCGAGCUUUAUGCCGUUUGGAGCUGGCCGUCGAGGAUGUCUCGGGGAAGCCGUGGCCAAGGCCGAUCUAUUCCUCAUCUUUACCUGGUUCAUGCAGAACUAUACCUUCAGCAAGGUUCCUGGCAAAGAAAGUGAGAGCCUCACCAACAUGAUCCCCAAGUCUGCUGCGGGAAGGGUCCUUCUUCCGUAUGAGAUAGUGAUGAACAAGCGGGAAUGAGUAGACACAGGACCACUAGCUAUGGGUGGCGACGAGCCACCAGUGCCCCCCCCCCUCCUUUGAAGUUGAAGACCUUUUUUUUUUGC